AUGAAUCCAAGAUCUUCCGGGAAGAAGAAGAUUGCCUUGCUCACACUCUUCGGCCUCGUAUUGAUCGCAGCAUCGGCAGUUACUGCCGUUGCCGUCCGCUCUCGCAUCACUACACGAGCAGACGGCUCAAGGCUCAAAGGGAAGCCUACACAAGCGAUUUCACGCAUGUGCGGUAAGACACGAUUUCAGAUGCUGUGCGUCAAUUCGCUGCUAGACUUUCCGGGAUCCCAAGCGGCAUCCGAGAAGGACCUCGUCCACAUUUCCUUCAACGUCACGUUGCAGCACUUCUCCAAGGCGCUCUACACCUCCGCCGCAAUUUCCUACGCCACCAUGGAUCCCCGCGUUCGCGCCGCCUACGACGACUGCCUCGAACUCCUCGACGAUUCCGUCGACGCGCUGGCCCGCUCCCUCAGCACUGUCUCCCUCGGCGCCGUUGGCUCCGCCAACGACGACGUGCUGACGUGGCUCAGCGCCGCGCUCACCAACCAGGACACCUGCUCGGAGGGCUUCGCCGAUUCCGCCGGUCCUGUUACGGACCAGAUGAGCAACAACCUCAAGGACUUGUCGGAGCUCGUCAGCAAUUGCCUCGCCAUUUUCUCAGCCGCUUCCGCCGGCGACGACUUCGCCGGCGUUCCCAUUCAGAACAAGAGACGAUUGAUGACAAUGCAAGACGAUAAAUUCCCGAGAUGGUUGAAUCGACGUGAUAGGAGAUUGCUUAGCUUGCCUCUAUCGGCGAUACAAGCCGAUAUUGUGGUUUCAAAGGACGGUAACGGAACCGUUAAGACCAUCGCCGAGGCCAUUAAGAAAGUGCCGGAAUAUAGUUCACGCCGCUUCAUUGUCUACGUCAGGGCAGGAAGGUAUGAAGAGGACAAUUUAAAGCUGGGGAGGAAGAAAACAAAUGUGAUGUUCAUGGGGGACGGGAAGGGCAAGACCGUCAUCACAGGGGGAAGAAAUUAUAUGGAGAACCUCACCACAUUUCACACGGCAUCCUUUGCUGCUAGUGGUUCUGGUUUCAUCGCAAAAGACAUGACAUUCGAGAACUACGCCGGACCGGGGAAGCACCAAGCUGUGGCCCUCCGUGUCGGGGCGGACCACGCGGUGGUGUACCGCUGCAACGUCAUUGGAUACCAGGACACAUUGUACGUCCACUCCAACCGUCAAUUUUUCCGCGAAUGCGACAUUUACGGAACCGUCGACUUCGUAUUCGGCAAUGCUGCAGUGGUGUUCCAGAACUGCAGUCUCUGGGCCAGGAAGCCGAUGCCCCUACAAAAGAACACCAUCACGGCCCAAAACCGCAAAGACCCGAAUCAGAAUACGGGCAUUUCGAUCCACAACUGUCGGAUCCUUGCCACACCGGAUCUCGAAGCAUCCAAGGCUGGGUACCCCACUUAUCUGGGUCGUCCCUGGAAACUAUUCGCCAGAACCGUGUACAUGCUAUCCUACAUCGGGGAUCACGUGCACCCACGUGGGUGGCUGGAGUGGAACACGUCAUCGUUUGCUCUUGACACGUUGUACUAUGGUGAAUAUAUGAAUUCUGGGCCGGGUGCGGCCCUGGGUCAACGCGUGAAUUGGGCCGGGUAUCGGGUCAUCAAUUCAUCUGUUGAAGCUUCUAGAUUCACGGUUGGCCAAUUCAUCUCGGGCUCAUCGUGGUUGCCGUCUACCGGAGUUUCAUUCAUUGCUGGGUUAUCAACCUGA